AUGGGUGCGUCGGGCUAUCAGACUCCGAUGGUUUCAGAGGUACCUACCCCGACCGUACCCGCCGUACCCACUCCUACGGUAUUCACAGUGCCACCAGCGGUGCUACCUAUGGCCUAUCUGACACCUCCUCCAGUCGUGCCUAUGGUAUAUCCGGUACCUCCUCUAGCCGUGCCUACGGCGUAUCCGGCACCUCCUCCAGUAGUACCUACUGCUCCGUACCCGGCACACGCACCAGCAGCACCAGUUACACCUACUGUACCUCUAGCCGCACCCACCUAUAUUGAACCUGCAGUGCCACCAGCAGCACCUGUCCCAGCUUAUACAGCAGCACCGAGGAUACCUCCCCCAGCCUAUCCAGUGGUACCACCUGUAGUACCAGCUAUAGUGGUUCCGCCAGUUCCCGCAGAAGCCCCUACUCACCUGAUUGAUAUAGUUGCAGCACGAGCUCAGAUCCCAGCUUUGGCAGAGUCGAUGAAAAGUUGA